GCUUACCGAAAUACACACAGCGUCUUGAACACAUGAUUGUUAAUUUUGUUUAUAUUUUCUAUUGUUUCAGGUAGACCCCAAGGCAAACUGGAGAAGGGAAUGUAUUUUAGGCUCAUUUAGGACGGAUUUUCUGGAUUACAGUACAUGUUACUGUAACGACUUGGCGCGAAUCAGGACAACCCACAAAUGCAGCAAGCAGUGAUGGAGGAGGAAGCCGCGUACGAGCCAGCCUUCACUUACGAUGAAGUUUUCCCUGCCUUGCCCGAGUCAGCAACUUCGUCCCCGGCCACCAAUCAGCUCGGGCAAUGGAACAAUAAAAUGAGGAUUGGAUCAUCUGUUGUAACUCAGGUAUUCAGAGUACCAUAUGAAGAACGAAAAUUUGAUCACAGUGACAAGUUCGGAGAAGGAGAGUCAUUGAGGACAUGUCUGCAAAUCAUGCGAGACACAGGAGCUCAUAUCGAAAUAUCUUCAUCCAAAGAUCAAUCCUUGACCUUCUUAGUAACAGGAAAACAAAAUUCUGUGUUGGAUGCUCGAAGAAGGAUUUUAACAAAUUUCCAAACACAGGCAACUGUGAACAUUGCUAUACCGAAAGAACACCAUCGUUUCAUUCUGGGAAAGAACUAUUUAAAGUUGAGAGAUUUGGAGAAGAAUACAGCAACUAAGAUUUCUGUUCCAAAUAUGAAUGAUCCUUCUGACAGAAUUACUAUAACAGGAACAAAGGAAGGAAUCGAGAAAGCUGUGCAUGAAAUAAAGGUCACAUCUGAUGAGCAGUCAAAACAAGCAUAUGAACGCCUCAAUAUUCCGAAGAUAUAUCACCCAUUUAUAUGUGGUGCAAAUAACGAGCAUGUGAUUGCACUGAUGAAUGAAACAGGAGUGAGAAUAAACAUACCUCCUGUGUCAGUACAAAAGGAUGAAAUCACAAUAGCUGGUGAAAAGGAAGGUGUUACAGUUGCAAAAGACAAAAUCAUGAAUAUCUACCGUGAAAUGGAGAAAAAAUGUACUGUGGUGUCGGUAGAGGUUCAAAAGGCUAAGCAUAAAUACAUCAUAGGCACCCGUCGAACAGGUAUACAAGAAAUCCUCAGAGAAACUGGUGUUAGUGUGGAAAUGCCUCCUCAAGAUUCAAGUACAGGAACAAUUACAUUGAGAGGCCCACAUGAUCGGUUAGGUAGAGCCUUGACUAUGGUGUAUGAUAAAGCAAAUAGCAUGGAAACUGAUGUGGUUGAAGCUCCAAAUUGGAUUCAUAAGUAUAUUAUUGGCCGCAAAGGGGCAAAUAUUAGAACAAUUACUCAGGAUUUGCCAAAGGUUCAUGUUGAAUUCACUGAUAAAGAGGACAAGAUAAAAAUUGAAGGACCCCCUGAAGAAGUGGAGAAAGCAAAACAGGAAUUGCAGAAGAUGGCAAAUGAUUUGAUCAAUAAACUAACAUAUACUCAAAUGACAGCUGACCCAAAAUUUGCGAAACACAUAAUUGGGAAAAAUGGUGUUAAUGUUAACAGAAUGAAAACGGACCUGAAUGUUCUUAUUAACAUUGGUGAGAGUGAUGGCAUUACCACUAUACACAUUGAAGGUAAUAAAGAAGGUGUACAAAAAGCUCAAGAGGAACUUAAAGAGAUGUUACAUAAGCUUGAAAAUGAGAAAGAAAAAGAUAUCAUCAUCGAGCAUGGUUUCUUUCCAACAAUAAUUGGUGCUAAAGGUGAAAACAUACGUGAAAUAAGAGAAAAGUUUAAUCAGGUGCAAAUAACUUUCCCAGGACCAGGUGAAAAACGUGAUGUCGUUAAAAUAAGAGGUCCUCGGGAAGAUGUGGACAAAUGCCACAAACAUUUAAUGAAAGUUGUGAAAGAACUGACUGAAGGUAGCUGCAUGCUUGAAGUGCCAAUUUUUAAACAGUUUCACAGAUUUGUUAUUGGCAAAGGAGGUGCAAACAUAAAAAAGAUUCGAGAUGAAACCCAGACAAGAAUUGACCUUCCUUCUGAAGGAGAGAAAAGUGAUGUCAUAAGAAUAACUGGAAAGAAAGAGAAUGUUGAGGAAGCAAAAAGACGUAUUCAAGAAAUACAGAAUGAACAGGCAAACAUAGUGACAGAAGAAAUUACUAUCCCUCCAAAAUUCUACAACUCCUUAAUUGGGGCAGGUGGAAAACUGAUACAUACAAUCAUGGAUGAGUGUGGUGGAGUCAAUAUAAAGUUCCCACCAGCUGAAAGUAACAGUGACAAGGUUACAGUACGGGGUCCAAAGGAUGAUGUUGAGAAAGCAUGUCAGCAACUCCGGGAACUGUUAAAUGAGCGGCAGCUCUCCAGCUACACAGCCGAAGUUCGUGCCAAACCACAACAUCAUAAAUUCCUCAUUGGCAAAAAUGGUGCAAAAAUUAAAAAGAUCAGGGAUACGACUGGUGCCCGUAUUGCGUUCCCUACUGAGGAUGAUCAAGACAAAGAAGCAAUCAUGAUUAUUGGACGAAAAGAGGCUGUGGAAAAAGCAAAGGCACUGCUUGAAGAAGAUAUUAAAGAAAUAGAUAAUACUGUGGAAAGUGAAAUGACGGUUGAUCCGAAACAUCACCGUCACUUUGUUAUGAGGCGAGGUGAAGUGCUUAAUAGGAUAUCGGAGGAAUUUGGGGAUGUAAAGAUAUCCUUCCCACGUCCUGGUGUAUCGAGUGACAGAGUCGUUCUGAAAGGAGCCAAGGAAUUCAUUGAAUUGGCAAAACAGCGCAUUCAGGAAAUUGUCACUGAUCUGGAAUCUAGAGUGACAAUUGAAUGUGUCAUACCUCAGAAACACCAUCGUACAGUAAUGGGUGCUAAAGGACGCAAGGUCCAGUAUAUUACAUCAGAGCAUGAUGUCCAGAUUAAGUUCCCAGACCGUGAUAACCAAGAGGAAUACAUCGGCUACAAUGGUCAGCAGAAUGGAGAAGUGGAGGAAACUCCAGUUCGUAAAUGUGAUGUCAUACUCAUAACAGGAAAAAAGGAAAACUGUGAAGCAGCAAAACAGGCUUUACUUGACUUGGUUCCUGUUACUAUUGAGGUGGACAUGCCCUUUGACUUCCAUCGAUCGAUCAUUGGAACCAAAGGCCGUGAUGUUCGUGAACUUAUGGACAGAUAUGAUGUACAUAUCGUUCUUUCCCCAGCUGAUCAACAUUUAGACGUUAUAAAGAUUACUGGAACACCAGCAAAUGUUGAACAGGCAAAGAUAGCACUUGAAGAACGCCGUGAGGAGCUGGAAAAAGAAAAACAAGAUAAAAUGCUGAAGUCAUACGAAUUGAAGAUAGAAGUUGAUCCUGACUACCAUCCAAAGAUUAUAGGCCGAAAAGGUGCUGUUAUAAGUAAAAUUCGAUCUGAUCAUGAUGUACAGAUAAAUUUUCCAAAGAAAGGUGAUCCUGAGGAACAUAUAAUAACUAUCACUGGCUAUGAAAAGAAUGCCCAAGCAGCCAAAGAUGAUAUAAUGAAGAUCGUUAAUGAAUUGAAUGAUUUGGUGAAGGAAGAAGUGUGUAUAGACUCUAGGGUACAUUCAAGACUUAUUGGUGCACGUGGACGCAACAUUCGUAAAAUAAUGGAGCAGUUCAAGGUUGACAUAAAGUUUCCUCGAAGUACGGAUGCUGAACCAAAUAUUGUCACUGUUAUUGGCCAGGAAGACAAUGUUAUCGAUGCUCGGGACCACCUGUUGAACCUUGAAGAAGAAUAUUUGCAGGAUGUAGCUGAAAAUGAGCGUCCUGACAACCGUUCAAUUUUUGGACAUGAUGCUGAAGGGAGCUCAUCUCAGGGAGGUAGCAAUCCGGGUUUUGUGGUCAAAGGAGCACCGUGGGAACAGAGAGCCCCAGAUACUGCUAGUACUUCAGAGUUCCCAUCUUUCGGUGGAGGUGGUGACAUCCCGCAAAGUGUAGCUCCUGCAGGAGCCUGGGGAGCGAGACGCUAGUACCCACUGCUUUCGUGGUACCUCCAAAUAUACUCACAUAUAUAUUCCUUUUUGGGGUGACUAUGAGGGUUGUUUAAUUAUUUACACAUUAACCUAAAAGAAUCAAGUAAUUGUGAUAAAAGCACUUGAAAACCACCACUUCCAAGUUAAAUUAAAAUUUUAAUACAUAUUGCUGGUAAGUAUACUGCAUUUUAAUAUAACACACAUAGACAGCUGUAUUAUGAAAAUGAUCAAUUUAUAUAUUCAUCGACUUGGAAGAUGGCACAGUUUUAAAACUAAUUGGGAGAUGUCCCUUGUGAUUUUGUGUAACCAAGUGUGGGAAAUGUCGGUUCUGUAUGUUGGCUCCCUUGUCCUUCACUGACUGCUGCAUUAACGACCUAGGCCUGCGUCUCUGGACUCCGACAAUUGGUAUUGCAGAUUGGAUGUUGUUUCAAAGGUCUUCCCCCAUCCUCCCUAUUAAAUAACACCAAUAAAAGUUGAUACGAAAGUUCAGAUAUAUUGCUCUGCAGAGGCAUGCUUGGCGUACUUUGGCCACGGGACUCUUAUUGGGGUACCUGUUGGUUUGGAUUUCGGUUUUAGUGUUUGAAAUAAAAGGAUCGAUUUUAGUGGGAGAUGGGACAGGAAAGCUGGAUUUUUAUUACACAACUGUGAUUAUUAGUGCUGAUUAUAUCACUUUUGGAUACCUCAGCAUGCCCAGGGCAGACCUCAGACUGCCAAAGCAUUUUUUUUAAAUGAUAGAAAUAUAUAUUUUCUUGUGGAAGCAGGCAUGAAACAUACAACAAGGUGCCUUGAUUGCAGCCUCUUCUCAACUUUGUGUGAGUGCUUUUCUUAAUAGACAUUUUGUUUGAAAUGUGGGGAUUUAUAUACUUUUAUUUUAUGUCCCUCCUCAUUCUUUUUGCUGUUUACAAACGAAACUGCCUUAGCAUUGUAAUAUGGGUGAAGGAGGUUUAUAUAUAUAUACAAUAUACAUAUGUAUAUACACAUGUAUAUAUUGUGGAAAAAUGGAACAUGGUUUGUCAUACAUCUCAUGUGUCUUCAUAUACAGAGAUAUCAUGUAUCAGAUGAAUAAGUGAAAUACGAAUGUAUGACAUCUGUUAUAGUUUAAACUCAAUCCUUAUUUACCAUCCUUGACCUACUUUUCUUUAUUGUGAAUGUACGUAUGUUUGUUUGUUUGUGUGUGUGUAUAUUCCAAACUAUCUGGUAUGUGAGGAAUGAGGUUUGAGCACCUCUGUCAGGUUCCUUUGGCAUGUAAGUCUGUUGCAUAGUUAUUGUUGUUGUUCUUUUUAUUAUUGUUAUUAGUAGUAAUACAAUAGUUAUUUACACUUGUGGAAUGAAUUCUUAAAAGUGUGACUGGGAACCAUACCAUCCACAAUACUGAUGUGUUAAAUUGUGGUGCAAAAUGGUACCACUAAACGGAUUGUAGUCAUUUUUCCACAAACCACUUCCUUUUUCCACACUAUAUGUUAUGAAAGAGAUUUAGACAUUUAUAAAUGUUGAGUUUAUAUUUACAAAGACAGUCUCUUGAACACCAUUAAGUGAUAUGAAUCGUGAGAUACAUUUGUACAAAAACAAAAAAAAAUUUGUAUUGCAUAGAAGUAUUGUACAACACAGUUCAAACCAUUAUUAUAGACUCCAACUCUGGUGCUAUGAACACAGCUGAACAUAAAUGACAAAAUUUGAAAUAAAAUUCUUAUGUUAAACUGAA